AUGUCUGAAGGACUUCCCUUGAAGCCUCUUCAACCUGCACGCCCGUUGUCUCAAGUACAUCUGCCACCUGGGUCUGCGGAAGAAGCCAUUGCAUCUGUCAGAGCUUUUGGCACCAGUUUCCCGCAGGCUGCUGGAUCCCAAGCAGCUCAGACAUCAACUACUCUCCAGCUACCUACUGUGCCAGUCACCGAACAGUCUCAACAGUCUCAACAACCUCAGACCAGAGCGCCCCCUGCUAAGAAGGCCAGAAGAAGACAGCCUACGAAAGCUCAAGAGCAAGCUUCAACCUCUCAAUUGUCUAUUCCACAGGGACCUCAACAGGUUCAGCACCCUCAAACCGAAGCACCCUCUUCUAAGAAGGCCAAGCAGCCGAGCAAAUCUCUGAAGCGAUCUAUCGACAGUGUUGAACCCUCAACUUCCCAGGAAGGUCCUCCUACCAAGAAGCCCGCUCUGCAACCAUCUCAGCCUACUCAACAUCAGAUUCACGCACCUCCUUCUACGAUCUCUCUACCGGCCCAUCAACCGGCUCAACCACUCCAGAUCCAAGCACCCCGUUCUGAUCCCGUCCCUGGUGCAUGGUGGGAGAUCCCUGGUUUCUCUGAAGCGUUCAAGCAAUUCCACAGAGACAGAUACGGAAAAGACGGCAGUCUUAAAGCGUGUGUCAUUAAGGGACUUGUUGACCUGGCUAUCCGCGAACACAAGAGAAUCCAUGCUGCUGCUGCUGCUCAACAAGCUGCUGACAACCAGGGCGUUGCUAACCCGGCUGCGCUUGAACAAGAUACGGCCCCAGUAGCUGCAGGCCUUCAAGCUCUUGAGGACCUGCCCGGCGACCCAUCCUCCGAGAUGGGCGCGGAAAAUCAACAGACGGCCAUUGACCCUCCGAUUGACCCCCAGCUUCAGGAACAGUAUGACGCUAGCUCUAUGGACCCUCGUGCUCACGCAAUGCUCGUCGGAGGUGUCAAGCUCAGCCAAGUUGGCUUGGGUCCUGAUCCUGCUCUUCCCAAGGACGAUGUUGAUGGUCGCUUCAAGAUGAUUCAGGCUGAGCUCAAGAAUCAGGCUUUCAAGAUUCCCAUCCCCCCCGUCUCUGCACUUCCUCGGCAGCCUCCCAAGGAAUUUGUUGGUAGUACCUACCAGAUGCCGCCCGGAGUUCAAGACCUUCGUCUGGAGGAAGUCCUGCGACGAAGGAACGAAAUCAUUCUCAACCGACAGAAGCAGGUUGAUCUUGGGCGCAACAACUUAGCUGCAAAGGGAACCCGUGAGCGACGGGAAGAGAAAGAGAAAAACCUCAAGAAAAUCAUUAGCAGGUUACAAGUCGAGAUGAACUGGUGGCGCCUCAAGGCUGUCUCCCUUGGCGGCAACGCUCGAGAAUGGGAUGCCAUCCCCGACCCCCUCAAGAACAAAAUGUUACAAGAUAUGGAUGGAAAAGUGUGCCAGGCCGAAAAAGCUCAAUCGGUGGACAUUAAGAAAAUCAAAGGAUUAGAACAUUCAGCUCGAAAUACAGGAAACGCACGACUGUCGAAACAGGACAUCGCUAAGAAGGAGAACGAGGUUCAAGCAAUCAUUGCUGCCAUUGAGGCUAAAGAUCGUGAAAUCCAGGAGGCACAGUCUCAGGGCCUGGAACCGCCUGAGAUGAAUCUCGACGAAUUCGUUGAGAUGACCUUCCCUGACGAUGUAAUCCAUGUCGAUACCACUACCGCUCCCGGUGCGACGACUGGUGACGCGGUCGAAGCCCCUACUCCGAUCGAUGACAACCUCAACGACAGUAUCCAUGCCAACACAAGCGGCUAUAUCAACAUCAAUGGUGUUCCAAUUGAGACUUCGGCCAAUAUCGGCGAAAAUGCCGGUGCUGGAGGCGCAAUCGGAUAUGCCAACACGACUGAUGUCAACAGUGCCACGGAUGUUGGCAAUCCUAUCAAUAUCAACGGUUCUAUGGCUCUCAACAAUACCAUGGAUGGAAACGCUCUGAACACUGACAACAUGGUUAGUGCACUCGCCAUGAACAACGGCUCACUUCCUCCGAACAACUGGGCCUAUCAACCAUACGCUCAGAUCGACAACACUCCUGCUAUGUCCAUGGACUUUCAAGGCGCUCCUCUCAACAACUAUGACAUUCAGGACAGCGGCAUGCAGGACAGCGGCAUGCAGGACAACUGGGCUCCUGACGGGACUGUGAUGGAUAACGGGCUCCAGAGUGAUGCCUUUGACGACUUUGACCCUCAAAGCACUGACUUCCUCAACUUGGGGUCUCAGGAUAAUGGGUUUAUGCAGAACAGUCCCCAGGACACUCUCUUUGCUGCCAAUGAUAUGCAGAACACUAACAUCACCACCAAUGGUUUUCAGAGAAUUACCUCUCUCGACAACUGCACUCAGGGAAGUACCUCUCUCGACUUCUCUAUCGAGGACAAUACCCGUCUUGACACCAGCCUUUACGGCAAUGCCUCUCUCGGCAACAGUACUCAGUGCAGUACCUCCCUCGACUACAGUGUUCAGGGCGAUGCCCCUUUUGACACCAGCCUUUUCAGUAAUGCCUCUAUCGACAACGGUACUCAGAACAAUGCCUCCUCUGAUAUCAACUUUCAAGACAAUACCUCUGUCCACUACGGAGUCCAGGGCAAUCUCCCUAUUAACAACAGCAUUUACGGUGCCGCCUCCUACAACAAUGUGAUCCAGGACAAUGCCUCUAUCAGCACUAAUCCUCAGGGCAAUGGCAACGCCACGAACAAGCAGAAGCCCAAUAGAGUCACCAAGGCCAGUAAGCCUAGCAGGGCCAGCAAGAGCAACGGCCGUACGGUCAAGAAGCCCGAGAACGUUAGAGGUGAGAUCACUGGAGCCGAUCUCCCUAGAGUUGCGAACCCCACCCCAAACAACGUCUUCAACCCAACCAUUCUCGCACGCGCUAGACUUGACCACGUCGAUUACAGAGACCCUUACGCCUUUGGUGGACGACCUCCUAGUGCCAGCCAACAGAUCAUCACUCCUCGGGCUAGCGAUUUCGCAAACGACAAAUACCUGACCUAUGAGAACUCUUUCACAAGCGCGGGCAACCAAAGUCUCUUCAACGCUGAUUAUGAAAUGCUCCCUUCCGACCCUGAAAGCCAUUGA